AUGGAUAAAGGUAUAGGAACUAUAUAUCAUAAGUUAACUAAUCUAUUUCAUUCAAAUCCAUCAACAUCAGCUUCCACAAAUACGAUAUCAUCUACACCUGAAAUGAGUGGAUCACUUCCGAUUUCAACAUUUUUUGAUCGAUUGAUUCCAUCAUCAACAACACAAACGAAAAUUUUGCAUAACCCUAAUCGAUAUCACAAUACUUCUCGUGUUACUCGUCAAAUAUCAAUUAAAACUGAACAAAAUUCUGUAUCAUCUCAACCUACUUCAUUUGACACUCAAAACACAACAGCACUCAAUAUACUUGAGCAAUCAAUUGCUGCUGAAGUACACAGUAAAGAUGAGCCACCCAAUCAUGCAUCGAAUUCUCUUCAAUAUCGUCAUGAAACAACAUCUUCUAUUCCUGGAAUGGAUGAUGCUGAAUUUCGUCGUCGUGGUAAAGAAAUGAUCGACUACAUCGCUGAUUAUCUUCUUCAUAUAAGUGAUCGUCGUGUAACACCUGAAGUCGAGCCAGGUUAUUUGCGACCAUUGUUACCCAAGAAUGCACCAAAACAAAGUGAAAAAUGGGAAGAUAUAAUGAGUGAUGUUGAACGAGCCAUUAUGCCUGGUAUAACACACUGGCAACAUCCACGUUUUCAUGCUUAUUUUCCUGCUGGAAAUAGUUAUCCAUCGAUUCUUGGUGAAAUGCUUUCAGCUGGCCUUGGUAUUGUUGGCUUUUCGUGGGCAGCUAGUCCAGCAUGUACGGAACUUGAAACAAUUAUGCUGGAUUGGAUUGGUCGUAUGAUAGCUUUACCAGUUGCUUUUCUUCCAUUUGAUCCGAAGUGUGAUCACAAAAAGAAUGAUAAUGAUGACGUAUCACUUUCUGGCAGCGAUGAUGAUGAUGACGAUGAUGAUGACGAAUCAAGUGACGAUCAUUUACGCGAUUCGAUCAGUAAUGGAGAUAAUAAUCAUGAACGGAAACAAAGUCGACAUAUUGGUGGUGGUGUUCUUCUUGGCUCAGCAAGUGAAUGUAUUCUUGUUGCCAUGUUAGCUGCUCGAACAAAGAAAAUUACUAGCAAACGUCUUGCUGAUCCUUUGAUAGAAGAUGGACAAAUCUUAGCUAAACUUGUUUGCUAUACAUCAAAACUUGCACAUUCAUGCGUGGAAAAAGCUGGAUUAAUUGCAAUGGUUCGUGUUCGUGACUUGCCUGUCGAUGAAAAUUUUUCAUUACGUGGCGAAACACUUGAUGAAUGGAUUCGAGCCGAUAAAGAAAAUGGUUUAAUACCAUUUUUGGUAUCAGGUACAUUAGGCACAACAUCCUGUUGCUCGUAUGAUAAUCUUGAAGAAAUAGGUGAAAUAUGUCAACGUGAAGACCUUUGGUUUCAUGUUGAUGGUGCCUAUGCUGGUAGUGCUUUGAUCUGUGAAGAAUAUCGAUAUAUAAUGAAAGGAUUACAAUUUGCGGAUUCAUUUAAUACGAAUCCAAAUAAAUGGCUAUUAAUGAAUUUUGAUUGUUCAUGUUUUUGGGUUCGAGAUAAAUUUGCGUUAAUCAACGCAAUGUCUGUCGAUCCUCUUUAUCUUCAACAUAAACAUGCUCAACAAGCUGUUGAUUAUCGUCAUUGGGGUGUUGCUUUAAGUCGUCGAUUUCGUGCGCUUAAACUUUGGUUUACAAUUCGAAGUUAUGGCAUUGAAGGACUUCGUUUUUAUAUUCGAGAACAUUGUCGUUUAGCCAAAGUAUUUGAGCUAUUGAUAAGAACAGAUAUUCGCUUUGAAAUUAUUGGAAAUGUUACAUUAGGUCUUGUUUGUUUUCGUUUAACUGGUAGUAAUAAAUUGAAUCAAGCAUUACUUUUAUCGCUUAAUGAUUCUGGUCUUAUACAUAUGGUUCCAUCAAUGGUUAAUGAUUUAUAUAUAAUACGUUUUGCUGUUUGUGCUAAACAUGCAACUGAUGAUGAUAUGCGUAUUGCAUUUCAUAUUAUCCAAGAACAUGCCGAUAGUGUUAUUAUUGAAUAUCGUGCUCAACGUAGUAGACGGCAAUCAUCAUCAGCUGAUUCAAUUGAAUCAACUGCUAAACAAACUUCUACUACUAAUGUUGAACAAAAUCCAUGUGUAUUAGAAGAAAUAACGAAUCCAAACAUAUUGCCAGAGAUACCAACUGCUCGAAAUGUUUAUCCGAAAACUAAAAUUCGAGCAAAUACCAUAACAACAAUGACACCCCACCAUCGUGUAACGUUUGAAAAACCAAUAUCAAAUUCAUUGAAAGAUAAACGUCCACGCCCAAUGUUUGUUCGUAUGGUAUCUGAUGCUAAACUACAUUAUCCAAAACGAACUGCUUCACAACUGUCUCGACAAACAUCGUUAGUAACACCACGAGGAAGAAAACGGAUACAAAGUGAUUCAGGAAAUCAUGCAAGUCGAUCAUCAAGUGAACGCUAUUUAGCACGUACAGUCAGUAUUUUAGAAACGGUCAAUUCAGAUGAAGGCGAACUUGAUGAUAAUAAACAAUAA